UAUGGCGGCGCCCUGUAAGCGGUGUGAAACUUGUCAUACGCGUGUGUGAUGUUAUGUGGCAUCAGUAAGAAGCUUUGCGCUGAUAUGUAUAAUAUCGAUUACGGUGAAAGGAUCACACAGUAUUUGUAUUGGUCCAGAUUGUUUGUGUCAGUGAUCGAUUGUUUAUGUCCCUCCAAGGUCCUAGAGUAAUGCCGAUCACUGUUUGGAGGGUUGGUGUGUGCCCGCUGAGACAGGCGUGGGGUGCCCAGCUCAUCAGGGUCAGCGUCCGUAGUCUGUUUAGUGAAACAGGUGUGUGGGAGCGAGACUACAAGGCCGAGACCCGGCGCAAAGUAGAACAAUGGUGGCACGGACGAAUCCAGGAACAGUGGCAAAGGGAUGAGGUGGACCAGAUCUCCCAGAAGAAGUUCUACGUUCUCUCUAUGUUCCCGUAUCCAUCAGGCCGUCUACACAUGGGUCACGUUAGGGUUUACACCAUCAGCGAUACCAUCGGCCAUUUCCAGAGGAUGAGAGGCCAUCAGGUGUUGAAUCCGAUGGGUUGGGAUGCCUUUGGUCUUCCUGCUGAGAAUGCCGCAAUUGAGCGAGGCCUGGAUCCAGAGGAAUGGACCAAAAGUAACAUUGAGUCGAUGAGGAAACAGCUAGACAGUCUAGGACUCUGCUUUAAUUGGGACCGGGAGAUCACCACCUGCCUGCCUGACUAUUAUAAAUGGACUCAAUAUCUGUUUGUAAAAAUGUUUAAGGCUGGCUUAGCCUACCAGAAAGAGGCGCUGGUAAAUUGGGAUCCAGUGGAUCAGACAGUUCUCGCAGAUGAGCAGGUGGAUGAGAGCGGAUGCUCGUGGAGGUCUGGAGCCCCUGUUGAACAGAAGCUUCUUAAACAAUGGUUCAUCAAAACCACCAACUUUGCCAAGCCCCUGCUGGAUGCUUUGGUUGAUCUUCCUGAAUGGUAUGGUGUCAAAGGCAUGCAGGCCAAUUGGAUUGGAGACUGUUCAGGAUGCUUUUUCAACCACACAUUAAAGGUUGAUGGUCAGGACACAGGGGAAGUGUUAUCUGCAUACACCUGUUCUCCAGAGGCUGUGUUUGGAGCUGCCUAUGUUGCAAUCCUGCCCUCCCACCGCCUGCUACAUGGGUCCUCUCCUCUCAAAACAGCUCUGCUCAAUGCUCUGAGACCUGGGAGAGAUAGCCUGACUGGGGUCACCGCCCUCAACAUGUUCACUGGUCAUGAGGUUCCAGUAGUUAUAUCUGCCAAAAAUGAGUUCCAGGGACAUCUGGACACAGUGAUGGGCAUCCCAGAUAGCAGUGAAGAGGAUGCAGAAUUGGCUCGGUCUCUGGGUGUGAGCUGGAGCUCUGUUUUGAAGACAGAUGAAGAUGAAUCUCAGACUUUAAUAAACUCAGCUGAGUUUACAGGUCAAAACCGACAAGAAGCUUUUAACUCUAUUACCCAAAAAGCCCAGGAGAGAAAAGUGGGUGGAUACCUCACUAGUACAAAGCUACGUGAUUGGUUAAUUUCGAGACAGCGUUACUGGGGCACGCCCAUUCCCAUAGUUCAUUGCGGUUCAUGUGGGCCCGUACCAGUUCCAGAAGAGGACCUACCAGUCAUUCUACCAAAAAUACCCUCCCUCACCGGGAAAGGGGCGUCACCUUUAAAGAUGGCACAGGAUUGGCUGAGAUGCCAAUGUCCUAGGUGUAAAGGUCCUGCGGAGAGAGAAACAGACACCAUGGACACAUUUGUCGACUCAUCCUGGUACUAUUUUAGAUACACUGACCCACACAACAUGCUGAGGCCCUUCGAUCGCUCUCAGGCAGAUCAUUGGAUGCCGGUGGAUGUUUACAUUGGUGGAAAGGAGCAUGCCGUCAUGCAUCUGUACUAUGCCCGCUUCCUCAGUCACUUCUGCAAAGAGCAGGGCAUGGUUUCACAUAGGGAGCCCUUCAAAAAGCUUCUGGUACAGGGUCUAAUAAAGGGGCAGACAUUUAGGGUGGCAGAGACUGGUCAGUACCUGAAGAAAGAUGAGAUUGAUUUCACAGGACUGGAGCCUGUUCACAAAGUCACGAGGAGCCGACUGCAGGUGACGUGGGAGAAGAUGAGUAAAUCUAAACACAACGGCGUGGACCCACAGGAGGUCGUGCAGCAGUACGGUAUCGACACCAUGAGGCUGUACAUUCUGUACGCUGCUCCACCUGAGCAAGAUAUCUUAUGGGAUGUCAAGACUGAUGCCAUCCCAGGGGUGUUAAGAUGGCAGGCCCGUUUGUGGGGGCUGCUCACCAAACUAAGGAGUGUACGGGAAGGUCAAGAGACGCCCAACCCUUCUAUCCUGAACAAGAGAGAGCGCUCAGAAGCCAAGAAGAUUUGGGAGAACAAAAACUACACAAUCACACAGGUCACGGAUCACUUCACAGAGGACUUCCUGUUUAACGCAGCCAUCUCUCGGCUGAUGGGUCUGACCAACACACUUUCUCAAGCUUCAUCUCGAGUAGUUCUGCACAGUGUGGAGUUUGAGGAGGCUUUGGCAUCGCUCUGCAUCAUGGCUGCACCCAUGUGUCCACAUUUAGCUUCUGAACUCUGGACAGGUUUGUCUCAGGUGAGGAAUCCUUUAGGAACCAUGAGGAAGGGAAAUGUCCUUCAGCAGCCGUGGCCUAGUGUCGACCCAGAGUACCUACAAACCCCUGACACGCUCCAGGUUUCUGUACGGAUCAAUAACAAGAUGUGUGGAAGUGUUUCUGUACCUCGUGAGGUGGCCCAAGAUACACAGAAGGUUCAAAAACUGGUGCUGGAAAGUCCUCUGGGGGUUCGCCUUCUCUCUGACCGCAUCAUUAAGAAAGCUAUCCUUUCCCCCAGGACUGCCCUUAUCAACUUCCUGGUAGAUGAAUGACACAAUGAAUCAAUGUGCCUCAUAAGGGUUUAGGUAUCCGGAUGAACUGCCUGUGAAAAGCCAAAGACUCUAUAUUCAUGAAGACACCCAUGAACAAUGGUGGAACAAUUUAUUUAAAAGAGGAACAAAACAACAUGUCUUCCUUGAAUUAUUUAUAUUUAAGGAGAAAUUGUUGUCUGUUUAUAUCUACUUUUAUUAACUUGACAACGACUGCUCUUUGCUGCUAAAUAAAGAGUAUUUUAGCUGUU